AAUUUUAUUGAGAUAAAGCUAUCAAAUCUUGUCAAAAGUCUGUUACACUCUCAUCGGAAAACUAUCAUAAAAUGACAUAGUUACCCUUGGUAAUAAAUAGAAGGACAUUAUAAGAUGGUAGUAUGUACUCCUAUUAGUUAUUUGUUCCAAGAGUUGUUUUGGUCCGAGGCCCUCUUGUGCCACUUCCUCCAUCUCCGCCAGUGCCGCACUGGCUCUUCCCUGCCGCUCUUGGUUUCAACCAAAGGGACCACAACGAAGAUAAAAAACUCUAAUACUAAAUUGGCAUGAAUGUGUAGGAGCAUAUCAUUUUGGUGGAUGUACUCAUAAGCAAGAGAAAGAUAAUUCCUUCAUAUUUUGUGUGUGGCUCAAUUGAUAUGCUGACACAAAAUUAUCUUCCUGGUUGCAUAGAAGCUUCUUUUGCAACCUCUUUAUCAUCUGAGAUCACGAAACAAGACUCGUGUGACUCGGCUUCUGGUGCUGAAUUGUUGGAAAUGAGUCCAGAAAAUGAUAAAUGUCCUCUUGAUGGCCGUAAAAAAUCUAAUUCAAAGGAUGGUGACCCUUGUUCCUUAAACAGUCUAGAUGGUCCACGACCUUCAACGUUCAGUGCCAUGUCUGGAUGUUCUAAGCCCGUAGUAUAUCAAAGGAAAAGGUUCAGAAGGAACCCUCUCCCAAUUUUCUUCAUUGAACCAUCAGUUGAAGUUAGGCCUAGCAAUGGAUGUCCUUCUGAGCUUUGUUCUGAAGUCCAUUCAGGAACUUUGAAGGAAGACAUAGUUGCUGGAGUUGGUGCUGAAAAAUUAACUACUGCAGCUCCUGUUCUUCCGCCUGCUGAGCAUAAUAGAGGGAACCUUCUAUCUAAAUCAAAUUCUUGUGAUGGUAGGCCUGAAGGGGAAGAUCAGUGCUCUGAAGCAGCAUCAAGAAGUGAUAUGCAAAGGACUUCAAACGUUUGCAUAAAUGAUAGCUAUUCGUCAUCAAUGUGUGGUUUGGACUUCGGUUCUUCUUCGUUGAAGACGGUUGUGGAUGAAGCUGGUGAAUGCUCCUCAUCUGGUGCUUUAUUUCCUGAAGAAUUGGGUGAUAAUAUGCCAGAAAAGGAUUUAUGUGCAGCAAUUCUUAGAGCUUAUGGGUUGCUUGAAAAUGUUGUGGUCCGUGCGUCCACAGAAGGCUCUUAUACCAGUUCUGACAACUGCUGUUUAAUCUCAUGCAAAGCCUGUGAUUGUUCAGAAGCUACAGUGAAGAUGCUAAUCUGUGAUAAUUGUGAUGAUGCAUAUCAUUUAUCAUGCUGCAACCCCCGUAUAAGGAAAGUACCUCGGGAUGAGUGGUUUUGUCGAACUUGUUUGAUAAAGAAGCGGAGAUUAAUCGAGAAAUCAACUUGUAAUGAGAGUUCUAGCAACUCUUCGUCUGAAGGUGAAUCGGGACCUAUAGCUCUCUUGUUGAAGGAUACCAAUAUAUAUAGAACAUGUGUUCGUAUUGGCAAUAAUUUUCAAGCCGAGGUUCCUGACUGGACAGGUCCAGUGAUAGAGGAGGUUGAUCGUAGUGGUGAACCAUUAGAAAUCAGACCUUCAGAGAUUUUCUGCUUGCGUGAACGAUCUUCUAACAAGCAUUCGACGAUUAGUUCUAUUGGCAAUUGGAUGCAGUGCCGACAGGCCGUCGAAGGUUUUGGGGAAUGCAUGGAUGGAAGUAUCUGUGGGAAGUGGCGAAGGGCCCCACUAUUUGAAGUUCAAACAGAUGAUUGGGAGUGCUUCCGUGCUGUCCUUUGGGAUCCAGCUCAUGCCGAUUGUGCUGUACCUCAAUUGAAACCCCGGCUGGCAGUUAAGAGGCGCAAAUUGGAUCAAACCUCAGGCGCUGGCUCACGGUUCUUGACAGAGAAAUUGAGAAGAUGAUAUAGGCUUCAUGUACGGAAAUGUUCAUCUUGUACAUUUAAGCAUACAAAUUUUGGACAAGUGGAUUUGUACUACAUGAUAUUCUCAUCAUAGUACACUGAUGUAAUUGCUUCAGAAACAUAAUUGUACAAUCUGGAAGGUGCAAUGAGUUAGCUGCAACUCAAUUUGAGCUUUCCUGGCCUUCAUCUCUUAGUCCUUCAUCUCCUCUUUGAGUCGUUUACUUUUUGCCUUGUCAAGUCUGACAAAUUAAAAUUUCAGGUGUGUCGAAGUCACUUUCUUCGUCCUUAUAUCACAUUUCUGUUAUGUCUUGGAUGAAUUUGUGAGCAGAAUAGAGAGCAUGAGUUUGUACUCGUGAUGACUGUGUUAGUGCAUUUAUGAUUCUAUUCUCUGGUAUAGGUAGUUUAUGAACAGAAAACCUAGUCUAGUGUAUUUUGUUGAAUAGCAGAAUUUGUUUCCAGCUUUCAGCGGAGUAACCUUCCUCUCUCGAGAGUUUGUGGUAGCUGUUUCCCACAUAUUUGGUAUCUCCGAGUCACUCCUUCAGGUUAGGAACUUUUGGUUCUGCCUGCAGCAUGACAAAGGGUCCGGUCCAAUUUUGACUCAAGUCGGCCUAAUGAUCUGUAGGUGCCGAGUGGAAGGUGCAUCGUUCAACGGAUAAAAGUUACUCUAGGUGAUCUUGCUCAAGAGCUCACAUUGAUUGGUUGUUUGGUGAUUCAUCAUCUAUAACAUCAUCCAUCUUGAGAAGGUUUGAUGAUUCAUCAUCUGUAAUAUUGCCCAUCCCGCCAAGUCUAAUCAAACGAUUCAUUAACUCUUGGGUAAGCUAUUAAACUAACAAGAGCUUCUAGCUUAAGAAUACAAUGUGUUCACGAAAAGUAGACAAGAAAUACAAUGUUCUCACUAAGAUUUUGGAUAGCAGUCGGAAGAGCAUGUUGUGUCCAAACUUUGCAAGGGGGGCUUUUUGCAGAAUUCAUAGAGCCGUUGCUUGUGGUUUAUUAGCAUUUGGUUCCUGAAUGAGUAAAGAUAGUGAUCAUAUGUUUUGAAGGCCAAUUUUAACCUGGGGAAAAAAUGAUCUUGUUUCACGACAACCAGAAAAAUGGCAAAAAGGCAAGAAAGAGGAAUGAAUGUAGGAUUGCAUUGGCCUCCAGUAUCUCGUUUGUAACUUGUACUGAUGUAAAUAUAUACAAAAACUGUGCCUCUUGUAUCA